ACCAUGCCGAGCUACCGCCUAGUCCACUCCAACUCCACCACCCACUCAGUCCGUCGCGGGCCCGCUCCACGGCCUCCAUGGCCAGUCGUCGCCUUCCUCGCCGACCUCCGGACUAGUUGGCGGCCGCCCAACGCCCUGGUGCUCCCCGCCGGAACCACCUCAUCACUGCCGCAUCCCCUCCUCCUCGGGCCAUCUUCAUCGACCUCCUACAACCAGUCCCGAUGCAGGCAGAGGCAGCGCCGCGGCAGACGACAUCGACGUCGACCUAGGCAUCCUUGUGCAAGAGCUCGCCCACCGCCGCCCUUGCUCUGCCACCGGUGGCCCUCCUGGCGCUUGCUCGUCGCCGUCCCCGCUCCGGUUCGCUCUGAGCGGCGGCCGCUGCUCCGCCUGCCUGCUCUAGCCGCUUGCCGCACCACGCUCUACGCCAAAGAAAAGAGAAGAAAGAAAAGAGAAGAGAAAAGAGAAGAAAAAAGGAUACAGACCCACAUUUUUAUUCAUCCCACUUACAUGUGGUCCCAGAUUGCUAACUAGGAUGCCACGUUAGCGAAACCACCCAUAUAUACUGUCAUAGAACCUUGAUUGCACGGUUUGUGUGAGUUUAGGAGUACACAUUUAUGGUUUUGUGGCUAAGGGACCUUAAAAAAAUCACGUUGUUAAGUUGAGGUACCUCAGGAGAACUUAUUCCUCAUUCUAAUAAGAGAAGAAAAAAAAAACUGCUCAUAAUCCUGUUGCACAGGUUGGGCUAGGCCCAUCCAGCAUGAAACAAGGUUGACCGUGUCCGAGGCCUCUUCUAACCCCGAGUCCGACUGCUUCGAGGGUUCGCACAAGUGUAUUUAGGUUGCGGGGGAGCGACACGGCCAGCAUCGAUUUCUCUGGCGAUGGCCACCUCCGAAGCAGGCAAGGGGGCAGAGCAGGCGUGUGCUGCUGCUGCGGCGGCGACAGAUGGAGACGACGGCGGCGAGCGUCCACCACGGAUGAUUCAGAUGCCGCAGGAGUACGUCGACUGGGUGCUCGCCCAGAAGAGGGAGGCAUACUACGAGAGCCCCGAGGACUACCCUCUCCUGAGGACCAACAACCCCGUCAAGGUGGAUGGCCUCUCGGAGGAAUGGGUCGAGAAGAACAGCAAGUCCGUGAUAAAGACGGCAAAUCUCUUGAAGAAAGCGGAUGACUCGUUCGAGGAGUUCCAGAAACAGGUCCGCAAAGAGGUGGAGAAGGGGUAUUACGAGGUUGGAAUGGACUUCUUCGUCCAAAGAGCUGCGUCCCGGGCAUUGUUUGAUGAGCAAUGGGCCAAGAUAGAUUUCACUGGCAUUGACGUUGAGGAAGAUGACGACGAUGAGUAGUGGUUAGUUUGGAGCUGAAUUCCAAUUGAGAUGGAUAUAUGCUCUGAAUUCUAACUGAGAUGGAUAUAUUGGGUUGUUAUGUAUGUAGGAAUGCCAAUCUAACAAUGAAGCAUUUGUCUUUUGAGAAUGUGUUUUGAGAGAGAGCGAGACAUUUUUUUUUUGUUAAUGUAAUUUCAGGUAGUUGUAGCUCAAGCACUGAACCCAUGACAACCAUGAGUUCAUGGA